AUAUCUAAAAUAUGCCUUUGAAAUGGACUUCUACCCACAUUCGACUGUUACUCCGAACACCGCUGAUGAUAUAGGGUCUCUGCUGUACUUUGAGACAGGCUCCCUAUCUUCUGUGGCUUUGAGCCUAGAGGCUUCCUACCAACCUCAAAGUCAGGAAAAGGAGGUGUGGGCUUUUGGGCUGUGCCCUUGGCAGUCAGAAUGUGGUUGGCUGUCUCCUCCCCUUCCGCACUAGAGCUCUACACACUGUGCACUCUGGAAUGACAGGCAUUCCUCUGUGAAGAAAGCCGGGGUGAAGACAUUUGUGAGCGCCACAAGUACCCGGUGACCGGGAUACAGACAACAGAAACUCCAGAUCUCGUGCUGUUUCCUGGCAUUUGGUGGUGAUCCUGGACUGCUGGUCCCUGUGUGGAUUUGUCUUUUAAGAGAAGUUUGCUUUUGUCCAGGACAGUUUGCUGUUGUGGGAUACAUCUAAGACAAUUAUAAUCAUGGGGCAAGCUGAUGUCUCCAGACCGGUAAAUCCAGAUGCAGUUGAAGAAGCAGAGCAGCCCUCAGGAGAGCCAAGCAUGGUCAUGGACAGUGUGGAAGCAGGGGACACAACACCUCCCACCAAAAGAAAAAGCAAGUUCUCAGGUUUUGGCAAAAUUUUCAAGCCGUGGAAAUGGAGGAAAAAAAAAAGUAGUGAUAAAUUUAAAGAGACAUCAGAAGUUUUAGAGAGAAAAAUAUCUAUGCGAAAACCAAGAGAAGAGCUGGUUAAAAGAGGGGUUCUGUUGGAAGACCCUGAGCAGGGUGCUGAGGAUCCUGGAAAGCUGGGCCAUGCCACAUUAAAGAAUGGCCACACUGCCCCCAUAGGGAGUGCCAGAUCUUCUAGUCCAGUCCUAGAGGAAGAAGAGCCGGUGAGAAUAUCAAGCCUUCGGGAUCUUAAUCCAGAAGAGGAUUCAAAAAAGAGACUAGGCUCAACUGGAAGCCAUCCUAACUCUGAAGCAGAGUCUGCUCCUGAGCAUGUACCUAAGCAGCCUUUGUUCCCCUCAAAAAGACCCUCGUCCUCUUCUUACGAAGCAAGCGAAGGGCAAGCAAAGGAGGUGGCCAUGCCUGGCAGUGCGUCAAGGUCCAUCCCUUCCCCUUCUGCCUCUGCUACCACAACACCUGCUGUCACCCCUGCUGCAGCAGACAUAACAAAGACUGUCAGUUCCUUUGUCACCCCAGCCCCAGCCCCCAGGACUCUGCCUGCUGCUCCUGCCAGCACUAACACUACUGCCACCCUGAGUUUUACUCAUACGGCCCCUGCCAAGCAACCCCCCAUCCCACCCCCUAAACCAGCUCACAGAAACAGCAACCCUGUCAUUGCUGAACUGUCCCAAGCAAUAAACAGUGGUACACUGUUGUCGAAACCAUCCCCACCCUUACCACCCAAGAGAGGCAUUCCUUUAACCUUGGGACCCACCUCAGAGCCUGCUGCUUCACCCACAACAAAAACAGCAAGUGAUCAAAGAGAAAAAACUGUCUCUGUGUGUUCGGAACCACCGCUGAUGAUCCCGCCUUCCUCCCCCUCUCCCCCACUGCCUACCCACAUACCUCCAGAGCCCCCAAGGUCCCCAACUAAGACCUUUCAAAUUGUGCCAGAAGUUGAGUUUUCCUCUUCUUCAGAUGUACCCCAGGACAUUUCCCAGCAGGAAGAUCAGAAAAAGGAAAUCCCCAAGAAGAUGCAAGACCAGAGCUUUGGGGAGCCCCAUAUACCGUCCAGGCUGCCCCCACUGCCGCUGCAUAUCCGAAUUCAGCAGGCUCUUACUAGCCCCCUUCCCAUGACCCCUCCCUUGGAAGGCGCUCACAGAGCUCAUUCCCUGCUGUUUGAGAGCAGCAACAGCUUCUCUGAGGACAGCGGUACCCUGGGUCGGACCAGGUCACUUCCUGUCACAAUUGAAAUGCUCAAAGUUCCAGAUGAUGAUGAAGAAGAGCAGACCUGCCCAUUGGCAUUUGCUGAAGACAUGACAUCUACCUCAGUCACUCCUAAACUACCACAGUGUCUGCAAGAGGAAGAAAAGGAGAGUGACUCAGAUUCAGAGGGUCCCAUUCAGUAUCGAGAUGAGGAAGAUGAAGAUGAUGAAGAUGACAGCCAUCAGAGUGCCCUGGCCAACAAAGUGAAGAGGAAAGACACGCUGGCAAUGAAGCUGAGCAGCAGGCCCAGUGAACCAGAGUUGAACCUGAAUUCUUGGCCUCGUAAAAGCAAGGAGGAGUGGAAUGAAAUACGGCACCAGAUUGGGAACACGCUGAUCCGGCGACUGAGUCAAAGACCGACACCAGAAGAACUGGAGCAACGGAAUAUACUACAGCCUAAAAAUGAAGCUGAUCGCCAAGCAGAGAAACGGGAGAUUAAGCGUCGACUCACCAGAAAGCUCAGUCAAAGGCCAACCGUGGCUGAACUUCUUGCCAGGAAGAUUCUGAGGUUUAAUGAGUAUGUGGAGGUAACAGACGCUCAGGAUUAUGACCGGCGAGCUGAUAAACCUUGGACCAAACUGACCCCUGCUGACAAGGCUGCCAUAAGAAAAGAAUUAAAUGAAUUUAAAAGCUCAGAGAUGGAAGUUCAUGAAGACAGCAAACAUUUUACACGCUAUCACCGCCCAUGAUGCUGAGGUGUGAGAAAAGGACUAAGGGACCAUGGGAAAAGCAAAGCUGUUCUGUUGCUUGUCUCCAGGGCGACCAUAGCACUUCCCACACAGCCAGAGCUGCCCUGGGAUCUGGUCUAGGGGUGAUAGCACUUCUAUGAACGUAGCCUUUCACUGGGACAGAUUCUCCUGUGCUGCCCUUAGAGAAGGGUGAAACGCCUGAUGCUUUUGAACCUUUUAACAACACUGCAGUGGGCUUGCGGGCUGUCUUCUCACCGGCCACCGAAGCUCCUGCACUGAAGGUUCCCCUUGAAGGCACACUCUGCCCCAAGACAAGUAACUGCCUAUGCUGAGGCAGUUAGUGCUGUUAGCCUUACCCGCUGCCUUGGGUGUGUGACCCACUCACGUAGGCGUUACUUCCAGCCAUCAAAUCCUCUUGCCAGAACAUCCCGGAGGCGCUGCCCUCCUAGCAAAGGGGCUCCCACUUCCAGAAGAAGUGCUUGCACCUCCCUGGCAGGGCAGGUAAGCACAGUCCCUUCUAGAUCACAGCGGUAAGGCCUGACAGAAAGCUCCUUUCUUUUUGUUUUAAGACAGGAUCUUAAACUGUGUAGCCCAGGCUGGCCUCAAACUCCUGUCUCAGCCUCCCAAAUACUGGGGUUACAAGCGUGAGCCACCAUGUUUGGCUUUCAUCCUAGUCCUUAUUUUAAAGUGAUCUUAAAGAAAUUUAUUCAUUAAACAGCCUGAGCUGUAAUCAAGCUGUUCACAUGAGAAUGUCAAGUGCAGUUUCUAUAUACAAACCAAGAUAAAAGCCUUAUAUUCAUGCCAGUUUGGCAGAGAACUGACUCAUGAAUUAAACUCCACACACUAUUAUAUAUUCCUCGUACCCAAUGAUACUGUAAAUCAUUUCAACCAGUGGUUGUAGGCACCCAGUGGGAGCAUUUGUGUGCUGGUGGUGCCCAUGCUUCCAGCCAGAGCCCCCUGCUACAGAGCCCCUCUUUACUCCAGCAAGCCUCCUGCUCUCCGCCCUGGCAGCAUUCACCUUACUUGCCUUUUCAAUUCCAUGCUGUAGCCAGUGUGGUUGGUGCCUAAGUUGUUGCAUCAGGCCCUCCCCAUUUGUAUCUGUGAUGUAAGCACAUUUUCCUAAAGCAGAUCUGUGUAUGUACCUCAAAGAAUUUUUCUCUUGAAACCCAUACAGCCUCAUUGUUCCCUCCUGAUUACUAUUUACAUUGUAAAUGGGAAAGAAAUGCAUCCUGGUUUUUCUUUUUUCUUUGUAUUUUUGUUUUAGUCUGCAACUCAAUGUGUGGCUAUGGUAGCCUCUUGAGAUCUUCCUCCCAGCCUUCCACACCUGGGGUCAUAUGCGCCAGUGGGCAUACUGCAUCCUUACUCGCCUUAUUGUUUAGUAGCUGUGACUGUUUUAAGUCUUCCUUCUGCUUUAUUCUGUUUCUUGUUCGUGUUUUUUCAGCAACUUUCUCCUUGUUAACAUCACAUUUACUAAAGACUCAAAAUAGAGGGCAAACAAAAUCUAAAGUGACCUUAAAAAUAGUACUUCCUUCUCUAUGGAGGGAAAGGUGGUUUUGUUUUUCCUGUUACUGCCAGGUAGUUUCUGGAAACAAGACUGACUCACCCCCCCCCCUCACACACACACACCUCAAAGCUUCUUAACACUUGGGUUAGGUAGGGAAAAACCAAUGACAGCUCUAAGUUGUUAGAAGUCUAGAUACAAGGUUGCUGUAACUGCUAACCUGAUCAUUCUCCAUUGUCCUUUGUGAUUGCAUUUGUUCAGUGUGCUCAGGUUGGAACCCAAGUUCUCACAAACUAGACCAGUGCUGUCUGCCACUGUUAUGUCCCUAGCUGAUUCCAGCCACUCUUUCCUGUUGGAUUGGAGACUGCUUUACAUAUGUCUACACUGUCUGUUUUAUUAGAUAGCACCUCAUGUAACCCAGGCUGGCCUCAAACUCACUGUAUGGCCAAGGAAGUCCUCGACCUUCUGAUAGCCCUGCCUCCACCUCCCAAGUACAGGGAUUACAGAUGUGCCUCACCACGCCUGACAGCAAAGUAGCUUUUCAGUCGUCUUUCUCUGCUGCUUCCCUGCGCUGUGCCAAGCCUGAGCUGCCUGCCUGCUCCUGUGUGCUCGGAUUCACUGUUCAUCUCAGUUGUCUUCUUAGACAUGUGUUAGGGCGGCAUCUAGUCAGUGGUUCUUUCUGUUUUAGUGUAUAUAAAAAUUGACUUUGUGUUUUUUUUCUGCAAUUUGAAGUCACAAUCGUUUAUGUAAAGGAGUAAAGGCCUAGCAUAUUGUAUGUCAAGAUGCUUCCCUAAUGUACAGAAUCGUGUAAAAUAAAUAAUUACAUUGUAUAUCAGUCUUCCCACCAGUCUUAAUUAUUAAAAUAUUUUAGAAUAUCGAA